UAAAUAGUUAAUAGUAAUAGAAAUGCAUUUUAUUUACAGAAUGACAGAAACCAAUCAAGACAAUCAGGAAACAAAUCUUGAUGAAGCAAUCGAUAAUUUGUCUCAUGAAGAUUUAUGUGAAAUUACUCAAAGUAGUAUCAAGCGACUUAUAGCUUCUGAUCAUUUAUUAUCUGAUUUGCCUGUAGAUGUUACACCUGAGGAGGUUUUAGCUCAAAUAGCCGUUAUUCAGGGACAAAGUAUUACUGUUACAGUUCUGCGUUAUUCGGAAACUCCAUUAAAUGUUGUGAUUCCUCAACAAAAUACUACUGUGCUGGAUUUAAAAAAGGCUAUCAAAAGAAGUUUCUUGUUAAAACAACAACGACAAAAGAGUAAAACCAAAAUCAGCUGGAAGUACAUUUGGAAGACUUUCUGGUUACAGAAUACAGCUAAUGGAAAAGUGCUUAAAAAUGAUAAGGAAUUAGUCAGCAAUUACGAUGUUAUAAAUAGAACUGAGUUACGGUUUGUUAAGAGACUGUCAAAAUCUAAAACACUCAUUAAUUCCCCUGAGAGAUCGUGCUGUACAGAAAAGUACCCCUGGUUCGAACAAAUCACCCGUCAGGAGCAAUUAACAUUAUCUUGCAACAAUUUAGGUUUAAAUAGCAAGGCGAAUCUAAAUAUCUCGCAGUUGAAUCAUAUUCUAGUCGAUCACAAUCAUAAAUUGCUCUAUUGCUAUGUGCCAAAAGUGGCCUGUACUAAUUGGAAACGAGUCAUGAUGGUUCUAACUGGCCAGUCCAAUGCCACAAAUUUAGUCAGUAUACCGGCAGAUGUCGCCCAUGCCGAUACAAACGCUCUGAGAUUAUCUCAGCUUCCAAAAAAGGAAAUCAAACGCAUUCUAAAGGAAUACACAUUGUUCCUUAUUGCAAGAAAUCCAUUUGAAAGACUUCUUUCAGCUUAUAGGAACAAAUUUUCAGAUAAUCUGCCUAGUUCAAAAUAUUUUCAGUCUAGAUACGGUAGGCAAAUAAUUAAGAAAUACCGAGCCACGCCCACGACUGACGACCUGGACUCUGGAGCUAAUGUGUCUUUUAGUGAAUUUAUUAGUUUUAUAUUAAAUGAAGGUCACUAUGAGACUCUGUUAGAGGAUGCCAAGACUAUUUUGGACAUGGUUGGGGCACCGACAAUGGUUUUUCCUGUCACCAGAGGGGGCCACACCAAAGAUAGACUGCGAGAAUAUUUUCAGCAGUUGUCGAUUUUUACCAUUCAGCAUUUACUAAAAAUGGCCAGUAUUAAAAUUCCAGAACAAAAAAUUAUUCUUUGUGGUGAAUACGGUGUUGGAAAAAGUUCAUUAUUUCGUAGAUUUGCCAAUAAUACUUUUGUAACUGCUACUGACAGAAAAUCAACUCUUGGCUUAGAUCAAAUCAAGAAAACAUACAGUGCACACGGAAAAAAUGUACAGUUACAGUUAUGGGAUACUGGAGGCAUGGAACGAGUAGCUUCUAUAACAUCCAGUUAUUAUAAAUUUGCCGAAGCAGCAAUAUUAGUUUUUGCUUUAGACAAUCCAGCCACAUUUCAUAUACUUUCACAGCAUUUACUUGAUAUUGUCACCUAUGCAGAAAAUGCUAAAAUUUUCUUAUGUGGCAACAAAAGUGAUCUGGUUUCGGAAACAGAAGAAUCCAGUAUUUCAGACUUAGACAUUGAAUCUUUUUGUGAGCAGUGUCACAGCUUAAUAUCAGCAACCUAUAAAACUUCAUGUAAAACUGGGGAAGGUGUAGAAGAAAUGUUUUCAGACAUUGCUUCUCAUUUAAUUAAAUCUAAUCAAUCCAAAAUGGAAUUGCAGUCUAUAGAAGAGCAUGGAUUUAAGAUAUCAGAAGAACCUGAAGAAAUUGAAGAAAGUUGCUUGUGUUAAUACAUUAGUUAGGGUUUACUUAUUUGUUUUUAAUUCUUUUAAUUAACUGUGAUUUGUAGGACUGCAUAUUACCUUAAUACAUUGAGUUUACUAGUUGAUAACAUGAAAUCCUA